CAUUUUAUGGAGAUCAUUUUCGUCAAGCAGAAACAUUUUAGCUCUCUUUGACAAGGAUUAAGUGUUCUACUCUGAUUUAUUGCUGUACACACGGGAGCGUUUAAUUUUCAGACUUUAAUUGUGACGGACUCAGACCGGAAGUUAUUGGGUCCCUAACGGAACAGUACACCAUUUAUUUCAUAACACCGUGUUGGAACCGCCGCGUCAGAAGAUUUACGCACCUGAAGAGUUCAGACAGCGGGACGACACGCGGCUGCCGCAGAAAACAGUAACACGGAUUUUACCACGCAAAAUGUUGAAGAGGAUGUUGCAGCGGGUGGCGGUGGUCGGGGCCGGGGCUGCUGGACUCUGCGCGGCCAGACACAUCUUGGCCCGUCCCGGCACCUUCAUCCCUCCGGUGGUGUUUGAGCUCUCAGACAACGUCGGCGGCACCUGGUGCUACGAUGAGCGGGUCGGGUCGGACGAGAACGGGAGGCCGAUCCACAGCAGCAUGUACAGAGACCUCAGAACCAAUCUUCCCAAAGAGGUGAUGAUGUUUCCUGACUUCCCCUUCGAUGCUCAGCUCAGCAGCUUCCUGCCCCAUCAGGAGGUUCAGAGGUACCUGGACCAGUACUGCCAGAGCCACAACAUCCGGCCCCACAUCAAGUUCAGCACCAGGGUGGAAAGGGUAAAGCCUGUCGUCACGGCAACAGAUGAUGGGGAGAAGACAUCAUGGGAGGUGACGUCAUCAGAUUUGUCAGGUUGUCGGAAAACAGAGCACUUCGACUCAGUGUUCAUCUGCUCAGGACAUUACUCUGACCCUCACAUCCCAAACAUCCCAGGGAUGAAGAACUUCAAAGGAAAGGUGCUCCACAGUCACUCCUACAAGUUCCCAGAGCCGUUCUCGGGUCAGUCGGUGGUGGUUCUGGGAGCUAAAGCGUCAGGACUGGACAUUUCCAUUGAACUGGUCAAAGCUGGAGCACAGGUGACUCUGAGUCAUGGUUACCCUCGCUUCACCUUCCCUCUUCCUCCUGGGAUUCAGCAGUCCAGCUCACUGGUGGCGAUCGAGGACGACGGCCGAGUUCGCUUCCAGGACGGCUCGACGGGCAAGGCCGAUGUCCUGAUAUUCUGCACCGGCUACAACUUCAACUAUCCCUACCUGGAUGGAGCGGAGCUGGGUUUGGAGAUCCAGGACCAAGUCAUCUCUCCUCUGUACCGCUUCAUGAUGCCCACCGCCUUCCCCUCGCUCUUCUUCAUCGGUAUCUGCAAGUUGAUCUGCCCGUUCCCCAACUUCAACUGCCAGAUCCAGUUCGCUCUGGCUGUGCUGGACGGCUCGGUCCCUUUGCCGCCUCGGGCUCAGAUGGAGGAUGAGAUCCGGAAGGAGCUGCAGGAGAAGCUGGACCGGGGGGUCCCGCAUCGCCAUCUGAUGAAGAUACAACAGGAACAGUGGGACUACUGCCAGGACCUGGCAGUGUCCGCCAGGUUCACGCCGCUGCCUCCGGUCAUUCGCAGCCUGUACGAGGAGGUGUGGCGACAGCGGGGGAUCCACGUGGAAAACUACCGGAAACGCAACUACAGGCUGGUCAGCGACACCCGGUGGGAGGUGGUGGAAUGACGGCACGGUGGAGACGACAAGAUGGAGCCACCAUGGCAUCCCCAGAACGAGGCUCUGACACGGCAGAGAAUAAUCUCACCCGGGCCCGAGGCCGCGUGCUUCAAGCACACACACAAAUACAUGCACACCAACACACACACACACACCGGCUCUGACAAGCAGGGUCUACAGGAGCUGUCUCAUAAAAACAAACGCACACACACGUAGCAGAAAUCAUUGCUAGGUAAUGAUGUGUAGUAGAAACCUCACAUGUGAUAAUAAAAUUAAUAAAAAAGA